AUGAAGCAAUUCCAGCAUCAACAGGGAAACCGUCCUACACUCACCAGGCGGCCGCACCACCAUUCGGAUGGGCAAGUCACAAUAUUUGUGAUGGACUAUAAUGUGCCCGGCAAGAGACUCGACGAAGCGUGGAACCUUCUCGAUGCUGAACAGAAACUCUCCAUGGCCGACGAGCUCCAUUCGUAUCUGGAGCAACUCCGUGAUUUGAAAGGCGACUGA